UGCACGCCAGAAUCUCUGGCUGGCAAGUCGUGCAGUUGUCUCACCAUUCAAGUAUAAGCUGAAGCAAGUGCCCAACAACGUGAAAACGCUUUGCCUGUUCCCUCAUAGAUUCAGAUGCUGAAGUCGUGUAUCAAUCGUUGCCACGAUGGAAUGGAUCAGUCAAAGAUCACACCUCCUCAAAAGAGACUUGAAAUCUCUUGAAUUUUCUCCGGAAGAGCCUUUCAAGAUACGGACUGUGACUUUACGAAAGCCUGACAAACAUCCAAAUGUCUCAGACUUCACAGAAGAAGAUGCAUUUCUCAAAUGGCUAGAAAAAGAGAAGUCACCUCUUGAGCUGCCAGGUUUGGUGCUUGUGAUGCAUCCUAGGCUGGAUGCAACCGACCCACUAGGUGCCAGGUCACUGCCGUACGGAGAGAGCACUUUCAAAACAAUAGCUCAAAAGCUACAUCAGCACCGUUCGCUGGCGCUCCUAUUCAAGAGAGCCUCUACCGCCCUCGUCACUCACAAAACUGUGGGGUGGGAGGGUAGUCUCACUUCUUUGCCAUCCAUAGUGUACAACUGCAAGUCCGACAUUGAAAGCCCACCGCCGAAAGUGAAUAAUCCAGACGAUAUUGCGUUGUCAGUCACUUCAUUCCCGACUCUUGGCACAGCUCUCACAAUAGUUGCCAUAGUCAUGAACGUGGAGAUCUCCAGGCCUUCGCAUACCUUCUCCUUCAUGAUUCGUGCAAAAUCCACCCGGUCGAACGGCAACGAUGUAACUCCGAUGCUGGCCCCAAGGAAUCCGGCGCGAGAGUUGAGUGCGACCGAGUAAAUACGACGCUGAUGUCGCGGGGACUCGGCCGGGAAAAGCCCGAUUUGACGAUGCUAGGAAAGUAUUCAAUCCUCGGGCGCCGUCGCGGUCUGCCGGUGGGAGGUAGCGCUAAGGU